AUGAGUAUAUAAUUAACGAGGUUUUGUCGUAGAACACAAGAACCAAUGGAUUUGAAUUCCUCUCCUUCCAAUUCCAUGAGCACCACAAUUCCAGUUAAUGGAACAAUCCCUGUUUCUUCCACCUUCGCCACAGCCACAACCCCUUUCGAAAACUUCCUUCCAUCCAACGGUUCCGCCGACCGGAAACCAAUCGCUUUAUGGCCGGGGAUGUACCAUUCACCGGUCACAACUGCUCUUUGGGAAGCAAGGAGCAAAAUCUUCGAGAGGCUUCUUGAUCCACCUAGAGAUGCUCCUCCACAAAGUGAAUUGCUCACUAAAUCCCCUUCACAGAGUAGGACUAGUAUUCUUUACAAUUUUUCUUCUGAUUUUGUUCUUAGAGAACAAUAUAGGGAUCCUUGGAAUGAUGUCCGAAUUGGAAAGUUGCUUGAAGAUCUUGAUGCUUUGGCUGGAACCAUUUCUGUUAAGCAUUGUUCCGAUGAAGAUAGCACAACAAGGCCACUUAUACUUGUCACUGCUUCUGUUGAUAAGAUUGUACUAAAGAAGCCAAUUAGUGUCAACAUUGAUCUCACAAUAGUUGGUUCUGUUAUAUGGGUUGGGCGCUCCUCAAUUGAAAUUCAACUCGAGGUUACUCAAUCUAAACAAGAGGACAGUGAUUCAGACACAGUAGUACUUACAGCCAACUUCACAUUUGUCGCCCGAGACUCAGAAACUGGGAAGGCUGCUCCAGUGAAUCGACUUUCACCGGAAACUGCUCGCGAAAAACUUCUUUUCAAACAAGCUGAAGCAAGAAACAGUUUGAAAAAAAGGAAAAGAGGAGGGGAAAAGAAAGACCUUGAGAAUGGGGAACAAAAAAGACUUCAUGAUCUAUUGGCUGAGGGAAGAAUUUUCUGCGACAUGCCAGCUUUAGCUGACCGAGACAGCAUUCUUCUUAGGGAUACCAGCCUUGAGAAUUCCUUAUUAUGCCAGCCGCAGCAAAGGAACAUCCAUGGUCGAAUAUUUGGAGGUUUCUUGAUGAAUCGUGCGUUUGAAUUGGCUUUCUCAACUGCAUAUGCCUUUGCUGGAUUAGUUCCUUACUUUCUAGAAGUUGAUCAUGUUGAUUUCCUCAGACCUGUUGAUGUGGGGGAUUUCUUGCGCCUCAAAUCUUGUGUUCUGUACACAGAACUUCACGAUCCAGAUCAACCACUUAUCAAUGUUGAAGUUGUUGCUCAUGUUACAAGACCGGAGCUGCGAUCUAGUGAGGUAUCAAAUACUUUCCAUUUCAGUUUCACUGUACGUCCAGAAGCAAAGGCGAUGAAAGAUGGAUUUAAACUUCGAAAUGUAGUACCGGCGACAGAAGAAGAAGCACGCCGUAUAUUAGAGCGUAUAGAUGCUGACAACUUGAAUGAGUUCUUCAGAACAUAGAGAAGAGAAACAACACUUAGGUGGUAAAUUUAUUAAAAUGUGUACCACUAGUUAUAUGAGCAGAAGCUAAGCAAAUUUGCUCUUAUAUAAUAAUUAUGCUGUCCAAUUAUUGGGGGCACAAGUUUGCGUUAUAUGUCUACUAGCAGCACUAUAGGCCUUGAUAGAAGCCAACUCGUGCUUAGGAAAUACUAUAUAUGAACCUGAUUUUAGAGUUUUAUUAUAUAAUAGUAAACCUUGACCAAGCACCUUUGUGACCCUAA